AAGGAAAGGAAAUUUCUUCACCCCCAAAGAAAUCUCCAAUGGAGAGCAGCGUAGAGACGGCGGCGGGCGGCGGGUACGGCUGCGGCGGGUGGGAGACGCCGAAGCGGGAGGAGUACCGCAUCCCGGCGACGCUGCCCUGCCCCGCGGCGCCGAGGAAAGCCGUGCCGGACUUGGGGAAGCGGCGCAGCCCGCCCAAGAACGGCUACUUCCAGCCGCCGGACCUCGAGGCCCUGUUCACGCUCGCGCCGCGCCGCCAGGCCUCGUGUGCAUGAUUAGGCCGCGCAGGUGGCGGCAGAGAAGGGCUCUCUGUUCUAGAUUAAUUUCGGGAGCUGUAUAUACUUUGCCGGUUUCUCCUCUGUUGUACUCUAGGGCUUUAGCGGGUUAGGGAGGUCGUAGGAGGGUUUUACGAGUAGCAGGUAGGUAGGUGGUGGAGGCGCGAGAUGAGAGCUCACAAGUCAUAAGCAUACUGUUUUGUAUUGGUUCAGAUGAUGAA